UGUGCUCAUUCAUUCAUUCAUACGGUCACUACCAUGCAGGCAGCUCGACCAGGACCAUCUGCGGCAGCAACAGCAGACAUGUAGGGAAGAAAAUAAAGGAAGUGAUCAAACAUGGACUGAAGAAUAAUGUGCCUCGGCUGCCAUCUUAACCAUCACCAUCAUGUUCCCGGGAGUUUUCUAUGCAUUGCUGGCGGGUUUCCUCGGAGCCGUGGCGUCGUCGUCGGCCAAACUGUCCCUGGGAGCCGACUACCUGAAGGGAGUCUGUGAAACCGGACUCCGGACGUGGGGCGAGCAGCGGAAAUUCAGACACGCGGAUGAAACCACAGCGUGUGACCGGCUCCACAUCCCUCUGAGGCUGCUGUGUGGUGGUCUUCUUUUCACCUGCAACGCUGUGAUGUGGACCUUCCUCGCCAAAGCACUCAGGUACUCCUCUUCCUCCACCCGAACCACUGUGACCACCACUGCCUCCAACUUCGUAUCUUCCGCUUUCCUGGGCCAGCUGAUCUUUGGGGAACCCCAGAUAACACUGUGGUGGGUCGGGAUCUCGUUGACCUUUUCAGGUCUGUUGGUACUGCAGAGGAUUUCGCCACAGGACCGGCAUCAGACUGCAGCCACGACGAAGGACGAAUAGCAUCUCGUCUCCACUGGCUGGCUGUGCUGUGCUCAGGCUGACACCUCCUCUGCUUUUAAGCAAAGCCAAAGACAAAUAACGGCUGAAAACGGCAGUUUUAUUCAACGAAUUUGCUCUUUGAACAGCAGCCCAGGUGCAAAAUUGAAAAAACUGCAAUCCUCCAGUGAGAGAACAAGAGGUCUUCCAGUCAUGUCACAUGCACUGUGUGUGCACAAUUAUUAGACAAGUGAGUAUUUUUUAACAAAUCAUCAGUUUUAGUUUUAAGGCAUAAUUUAUUUAAGCCUAACAUGUGAUGCGAGUCUGUCUAAAGAGGUAAACACCUUAAAUCAAGGUUUAUAUAAUUAUUAGGCAGCUUCUUUUCUUUAGACAAAAAAGUGAAUUUAGUGAGUCUGAAAAGUCAAAAAAGACCAAAAGUGUCUUUGAGGGAUUGUAAAGAUGUUUGGAUGUGUUCACUGAAGCAUCAAAUGUUUUGUUGCAAACAAUCAGCAGAGGGAAAUGAGUUUGAUUCUCAUGGGGAAAUGAAUGUUUUUCAUUUAGUUGUGUUUCAUUUAGUGUGACACAAUAGUAGCUCCGCUGUAAGAAAACCUAAACCUUGCUUUUACUUUCUUACACACUAAUGUUUGAGGUUGAUUAACAUUUUUGGAUUAACUGAGAGAUUAAUAAAAACAAUCCUCCAAAAUCACAUUUGCCUAAUAAUUAUGCACACAGUGUAAAAUAAAAUACUCCCCUUUAUCUCUGCAAAGAUUUUAGGAGAUGUUUGCCGUCGGAGGAUUUGCUUAUGCAGCACAGCUACAGUCUGGCUUGUGGAGAUAAACAAACGGAUGCCUGGGUUCAGCUUCUGUCAAGCUCUUAAAUCAUUCUGUGCACGGAUUCACAGAGAGAGGAAAAACUAUUCUAGCUUUAUAUUUUUUGUUGCAUAUUCAGACAAUGAUAGCACAAAGGCAAAAAAAAAAAAAAAAGCUCAAAUGAACAAUGUGACAUGUUUGGAAACGAGAUGAAAUAGGCCCUUGUUGGGAAAGGUGAUCAGAGGUUGAUAUCAUUCUCAUGUUUGUGGGGUAAACAUUAUGCCACAGGCUGCAGUUAAUGCGAUGCUGCAAUCAAUUUGUUUUCCAGAAUUUAAAUUUAGGAGGAAAUGAUCUGGAACAGCGUCUGAAACUGAAAGUUGGAAAGUCAGUCGUUUGGCACAACCCACAACCUCAAAAUCCAGUAUGUUCAAUAAAACAGUCACACAAAAAUGUUAACAUAAAAAUUAAAUAAAAAAAAUAGCUACCCAGGGUAAUGAUCAGCAAGUAUCACUCAUUUCCCAACUUGGAGCUGUAAACACUGUUUAGUUUGGCGUAAAAAUGAAGAAAGCACAUUAUCUAGAAACAGUGGGAUUGUAAAAACACAUCUCUGUUACUUAGUUAUUAUGGGAAUUAAGAAUAAGUUUUUAAUGUAAGUACUUCCAGGCUGGAUUUUUGUAGUUUCUGCUCGUCACUGAAAUUUAAAUUGCUUCACACAAAUAAAACAAACAUUUGGCUAUUUUACCACCUCCUCUAUGAUAUUUCAUUUGGAUACAAACAUGUGAGUGAUAUCAAUGUUUCUAUUAGACCAGAAUAAGUGCAUUUAUUUUAUUUGGACUUAUAUUUUUAAAGUGUGUGUAUUAAAACUGAAAAGUAGCUGCUGUGAGGUCAUACUUUGGUUUAUGGACAGAUAUUUGACAUGUGAAGCUCAGUAUUUUUGCCAUCAGUAGUAUAAUAUCUACAAUUAUUUUUUAUUUAUUUAAAAAAAAAUGUUUUCGGUUUGGUAAACUCUUAUUUCUUUCCCAGCCUUCUAUGAAAGUCUGCCUGCAGGGGACGACUUUCUUCACCUCAGUCACCGUGAUUACAGGAUUUUGACUGCAAACAAUCGUAAAACUGCACAAUGUAACAAUUGAGAAAUGCAACGUUGAACAAUUUGUUCUCACAGCAGAAAUGCGUGACAUGCGUCCAACAACGAUCACGGCCCAAAUGUGUACGGAAUAAAAUAAAAUAAAACUUUGCGAUACAUCUUGCAAAUUUCUCACAGGUUGCGAGUUUUAAGCUCACAACCAAAGAUUUUCUUACCGUCCAUAAAGACAAAUAAUUUAGUUAGCAAAGGUUGAGUCACACAGUUUAACUUGACUUUAGAGUAAAACAUUGCUUUUGGAGAUGUCCCGAUCAUCAUGUUUUUAGGGUUAGGGUUAUUAUCAUGUUUUUAUUCCAGACACAAAGCCAAGUCACGUACAGCUAACAUUUUGCAAAAUUAAGACCAGAUACUUUUCUCAGUUACAGUUUCUUUAAAAUAGCUUUAAUAUUUUAUUCCAGUACAGGGACAAAGUAGAUAAAAAAGCUACUAUCAUGUUAUUAUAAUACAUCUCCUAAAAGCUACAUAACCAGUGCUGUCUUCAUCAGUUUGCUGAAGUGCGAGGCUAACAUUAGCAUGUUUUUUUCUAUAUUUUGAUUGGACUUGUUGAUAAUUUGGCUAACAUAUUACAUUCCUGCUCUGGUUACCAGUCAAGCACAAAAUUUACCCAAGAUUUUUUCCUGCUCUAUAAACUUUUUGCUUUAAACAUCAUAAAUAUGAUUGAUCAGCAUUUCAGCUGCUUUCUCUGACUAAGUCCAGCGCACCACAAAAACAAAGGAGACUGCAGCAUCCAAUACGGUCUCUCAUUCACCAUAGAGAUCAUUGUAAAGUGCGAAAAACAUGUAGAUUGUCAUGGAAACGCCAAAUUUGUUCGACAAAAUAAUGAGAAUAGCAACUGCUGCACAAUAUCUGGCGAUUUACCUUGCUUGCUAAUGCUAUAGGUGUGGCUGAUAAGGACUCAGAAGAGUCAGGAGUUCAUUUUAUACAAUGAUUGACACCAAUCACUUAAAAUUGCCUUGAUCGGGACAUCGCUGUUGGCUUCAGUUAUUAAACCUGAAGGCUAUUUCUGUCUUUUUCACACAUUACAUGCAGGAAUGAGGCAAUACAAUAAAUACAGAUAUUAUAGGAAGCUAUUGACCUGAUCAUGAUUAUCCUAUCACUACUGAGCAACUCCUUAAUGGCUUACUUAAUGCUUAUGUUUCCUUUAGUUACUUUUACACUCCCUGUAAACAUCUAUCAGGCUCACUGCUGUGUAAAGAAGGCACCCGGCUAACAAAGUGGCCUCUUACUCUUAAAAACUAACAGCUGUUCUAAUGUAGCACUGCGGGGCUCAUCCUGCUUCCUCUCUGGGUUUAACGUUUUGUUCCGUUUCGGUUUUUUUAUUACUUGAAUUUAUGUUUCUGCAUAUAAGACUGUGAAACAUACUGUGUUUUGAUCCUGAGGCAGCUGCUGCACUUCAGUCACAUGACCUGUCAUGUGUGCAUGUUUUUACAAACUGCAGAAUAAAUAUCACCAAACCAUCAAUCAGCAUCAGAGUGACACACCUGCUUCACGUAUUUGCUUACUAUGAAGAACUGCUCUUUAGCCUACAAUUUCUCUGGUUGUGUGAAACUUAGCAGUGUUAAAUAUUUCCUUCCACAUCCCAAAUUUAGAAAAUUAUCCAGGAUGGAGGUUUGGGUUCACAAAAAGCUUCUUGUGGAGGGAUUUGGAUCCACCCUUUCUAUCCAGGGUUGUUUCACAUUAAAUCUGCAGUUUGCAGACCAGGGGUGUCCAAACUUUCUGUCAUGUGGGCCAAAAUCAGAGACAAAAGAACCAAAAAUAAAUAAAUAAAAUCAAAUUGUCAUACAUGUUGUUCUUUGUAGAUCUAAAACUUAAAAAGGAUUUUCCAUGUUUAAAAGAAAACCGUCUAGUUUUCAAAUUCUUUGAGGCUCAGUUGAAUGUAUUCUGAGUUAUAAGAACAGCAUUUGGGUCACAUUCUUUCAAAACGCUUGUUAUGUUUGACCAAGUUCAAUAAAUUAAAUAAAAGGUGAUUUGGCUUUUCAGUUGAAGUCUCUGCAAAAACAUUGUUUUACUUAUUAUAGAAGUUUAGUUAUAAAAACAUGCCUACUGCUUUACCUACCAUUCUCCAUUGCAAUAAUAAUUUUACCCUGAUGAAAAAUUUAACGUUUAAUAAAAAAAAUUAGUUCAAUUCUUGAACUGCAGUUUGGGGCCCCAAAUAAAUCAGUCCAAGAGCCACAAAUUGCCCUCGGGCCACACUUUGGGCACCCCUGAUGUACACCAAUGACUUACUCAUCUGAGAACAAUUUUUCCACUUUUUAUUAAGAUGUACUUCCUAAAGUAAACAAAAGCUAAAAGGUAUUUUUAAGUUACUGCAAUAUUGAUGCGGUAUCUGUUUCUACCAAGGUUUCUCUCUGCACCAAAAGGCUCAUCCAGCAUUUUCCAACAUGAUGUUGCCUCAGAAAUGCACGAGACUGAUGGUUGGUAUAAACCUUCUUGCUUAAGCCUCAGCCUCUCAACAACCUUUGCUUUGCACCACAAACAUUAUACCUGGUUUGUGUCCUGUUAAUGGCAUGAUAUUACUGGAGGUAAACGAUUCAACAGUCUGUUCCAGCAUGGCCCACUUGCUGCAAACACUGAUGUUUGAAUUGAUUUGAGUGAAAAAAAAAACUCCUACUGGAUUAAAUGUGAUGCUCUGUAACUUAUUUUAUAUAAAUUGCAGUUUAAACCAAAAUCAUUAGGGCUAAGAAUUAAUUCCUGACCCGUUAAGAUCUUGUGUGUCAAACCUGAUGUUGCAUUAGUUUGUUGUGCAUCUUAUGCAGUUCUUUCACAUUUCCAACCUGAAAGAAAACAGUGAGACAUUAAUGACAAAUGUGAUCAAUGAAAUGUCUGAGUUUAUGUGAAACUACAGUGAAAAAGUCUAAAUGGGAAGGAAACAUUGUUUAACUCAAUAAAAGUCUCAUCUGACAGCAUCA